AUACUAAAAAUCUCCAACUAAACGGCCAGAUUCCCCCCUGAAUCUAAUAGGUGCGACUGUGUGUUGAAACGAAAUUAUGAAUUACGUUGUUCAAAUCAAACGGUCUUAGGCUCUUAGCGAAGAAUCAAAGUCACAGUCAGUCAUUCACAGCCCCUGAACCCACGGUGUGUAUCUGUCACCGUUAAAAGGAAAAUGCAAUGAUAAUUUCACCUUCUUAUUCGACUCCCAUUUUGAAGGGUAUAAAAAUGAUCAGAAUCAGAUGGUUUUCCAAGCAUUGCGGAUACCUUCUCUUACUGUCUACAACCCCAAAUCGCUCUUAUUUUGCAAACCCCUUUUCUUUUUUACCUUCAAAAGUUUGUUUUUGUGGGUGUUGUAGAUAUUAAGGUUAGAGGAGCAGGUUGUUUGAGCGUGAGAGCAGCCAUGUCAGCAUCUGGGAUAGCUUCAUCACAAGCCGUUGAGCGAGUUGUUGUUGGCAAUGAAGAAGGGCAACGGGGAGUUGAGAUAUUAAGGUCGGUUAAUGAUGAACAUGAAGGUGUCAUUGUGGAGCUGGUUGAGCCUAUGGACGCUGCUGUGUAUGGUUCCUCACUAAGAGCUUCCAUUUCUCAUUGGAGGCAACAGGGUAAGAGGGGAGUUUGGAUCAAGUUACCUAUUGAAUUAGUCAAUCUUGUUGAAGCUACUGUUCAGCAAGGCUUUUGGUACCACCAUGCAGAGCCAAAUUACUUGAUGCUUGUAUAUUGGAUUCCUGAAGUUGAACAUACUCUUCCUGCAAAUGCCACACACCGAGUGGGUAUUGGUGCAUUUGUCAUGAAUGAGAAAAGAGAGGUGUUAGUGGUCCAAGAAAACAGUGGAGUUUUCCGGGGAACAGGUGUCUGGAAGUUCCCUACGGGAGUUAUUGAAGAGGGGGAAGAUAUCUUUGAUGCUGCAGUAAGAGAAGUUAAAGAAGAGACAGGAGUGGACUCAAAAUUUGUGGAAGUACUAGCAUUUAGACAAAGCCACCAGGCAUUCUUUCAGAAGUCGGAUUUAUUUUUUGUGUGCAUGCUGCAACCUCUUUCUUUUGAUAUCCAGAAACAGGAUUCAGAGAUAGCGGCAGCUCAGUGGAUGCCAAUCACGGAGUACGUAGCGCAACCAUUUGUCCAAAACCAUGAACUCACAAAGUAUCUUAUUGAAAUAUGCCUGGCGAAGAUUGAUGGGGUGUAUCCUGGGCUUUCUCCAGUGCCAACUGCAACUCCCAUGCCAAGAACAUCAAGUUCUUCUGAUAAAAAAAGGGCCUAUUUGUACUUGAGUAGAUCAGGCCUCAAUAGGGACUAAGAUGUUUGUCAGCCCCUGGAAUUUUUCUCUUACAGGGAUUUAAUUCUAUAAUUCUAUUUCUAGAAGUCUACAUGUAUUAUUUAUUCAUUAUGUGAAUGAUGCUGCUCUACAUGAGGGGAAGCCAAACAUUAAAAUAAAUAAUUUGUUGCUUAUCAUCUUUCUUUCAAAGAUGUGAAAGGAUGAUAGCUUCAAGCUGAAUUUUGGUUGUUAUACAAUAUAGAAGUGAUGAUAAUAAAGUUGCAUUGGAUUUUGUAGUUGUUUCAAA